GAGAGAGAGACACAGAGAGAGAGACACAGAGAGAGAGACACAGAGAGAGAGACACAGAGAGAGAGACACAGAGAGAGAGAGAGAGAGAGAGAGAGAGAGAGAGAGAGAGCUGGCCACUUUAGUUAGAAUAGAGCCCUGUCGGAGCCUCCUCCGGUUACAGCAACAUAUUAAACUCCAGGCUGCAGCCACACGGCACGCGGGCAGACAGGAAGCAAGGCUGGAGGCAGCCUGACAGCUGGACGCUCCAUUUCCUCGCGAGCUCUCUGCCACCGGAGCGUACUUCAAAGCGACGGACUCUCAUUCCGUUAGUUCUUAUUCGUUCCGUGAACUCUCUUCUACACGGCUGGUUCGCUGCCCCCCCGGACCAAACUGAUGUUCCGCUAAUCUGCUCCGCAGCUGGAUAAGGUGUACAAGAUUAAUAGAUAAACUACUGACUGCCGCUAUUAUUGAGGCACCUGCCUGAAUCUUCUUGUGGAAGCUUUUCAUUUCCACAAUGAGCGGAAGGUGACCUGCAAGCAUCCUGUCUCGGGCUGUCCCUCACAAGACAACUGCAUCUUUGUCGUCAACGAACACUUGAAUUGUGGAAAAGUGGUUCGCCCAAUGUUUAGAAGGUUUCCUUCUAAAGAAAGGUCUGCCCCCAAAGCGCCAGCAAAUGAGAAGGAGCGUCCUCUGAGCACAAUGAGUAGUGAAGCCUCCAACUACACAGGCAGCUCGGACUAUGCUACACACCAAAGUAGCCCCGCAGCCAGACCAUCAAGAUCUUCAAAAAAAAUUCACAACUUUGGGAAGAGAUCCAACUCGAUACGGAGAAACCCCAAUGCCCUGGUCGUUAAGAGUAACUGGCUUUACAAACAGGAUAGCACGGGCAUGAAGCUUUGGAAGAAGAGGUGGUUUGUGCUGUCUGAUAUGUGUCUGUACUACUACAGAGAUGAGAAAGAGGAGGGUAUCCUCGGCAGCAUCCUCCUGCCUAGCUUUCGUAUAUCUAUGCUGUCUGUCGACGACCACAUCAACAGGAAAUAUGCCUUCAAGGCGACGCAUCCCAACAUGCGGACCUACUACUUCUGCACAGACGCAGCCAAAGACAUGGAGUCUUGGAUGAAGGUGAUGACAGAUGCUGCCCUCGUGCACUCUGAGCCUAUCAGGAGCAGGUCGCUCAAAGUGGAACAGUGCGGUCCUCAGGAUGUCAGUAACCAUGUUACCCAGAACCACAGACCGGUUCUAACCCGACCAGAGAUCCAGAACAACGAGCGGAACCGGACCGAGGUCGACAGCGAACAUCACACCGUCGCCGCCAUAACCACGGCAACCGCCGUCACUGCCGAGGAGGAGGAGGACAGGAAACAGCGUGACGCAGAGCGCUACGGGUUUCAGAAGGAAGGGGCGGAGAGGGACCGGCCGCUCACUAAGAUCAACAGCAUCAAACUAGAACCAGAUCAGGCUUCUGCUGUACCUGCUGACACCACACCAGACGGGCCCUACAGAGCCCCACAGCUGAACGGUGCUGGAGACCAGAGCCCAGGGGAGAUGAUGACCAACCCCCAGCCCCAUCGGACCCCCUCUAUCCAGGGCAGCAUGACCCCCACCACCCCCCAGUACCCCCACGGGGAGCCUGAACCCAGAACCCUGACCAGGACCAACUCCAUGCAGCAGCUGGAACAGUGGGUACGCACGCAGAGAGUACGCAACCAGGAAGAUGACACACACAGUAUCAUGUCGUACCAGACACUGCCCAGGAACAUGCCCAGCCACCGAGCCCCUCCAGCCAUGCCCUACUACGGGGACCCGGGCUACCGUACCUUACCCAGGAACAGCAUGGCUCGGCCGGACAGUAUCUGCAGCAUGUCCCCCUCCAUGUAUGAUCAGGCCAUGGGGCUGGGGCUGUCCUCUGCAGACAAGAGACGCUCCAUGAGGGAUGACACUAUGUGGCAGCUGUAUGAGUGGCAGCAGAGGCAGGCCUAUACGCCCACACGGCCCAUGUCGUCCACUCCCAGACCGUACGGGACCCUGCCCAGCCCCAAGACCAUGAUCAACCUGUCUGAGCACCAGGCUCACCAGGGUCACCACUCCAUCCCCCCCUCACCGUCCCAUGGGUCCUUGUCUAUGUACGGGGGCUACUCGCCCCUCCACUUCUCCUACAACCCCAGCUCCAGUAGGUCUGAGGUGGCCUUCCCUGUGUACCGGGGGGAUGUUACUAUAGACAGAAGACACAGGACUCCACAUCUCAACCAGUAUGCCUACCCGCCUGACAGGAGGUCCAUGCCAGCAGGGAUCCCUGUUCAGACCAUCACUGCCCAGUCUCUGCAAGGAAAAACGCCUGAGGAGCUAACCUUGCUGCUGAUAAAGCUUCGUCGGGAGCAGGCCGAUCUAAACAGCGUCCGGGAGCACACUGUAGCACAGCUUAUGCAACUAAACCUCGAUGGUGGCCACAACCCAAAGAACGACAUUCUGUCUCAUCAUCUCCAAAGAAACCUCAUGUAUCUGGACAAGCAGAUGUCAUCUCAUGUGAAGGAAAAUCAGCCUUUAAUCAUGACGAUUCACACGUUGAUAGAGAACUCAGCCCCCAGGCCUCAGCUGUACCAGCACCACGUCAGAAUGAGCCCAGAGGACUACAGGGAACACGCCUACAUGUGCAGCCCGGAGGACGUUGACAUUGAUGCCAAGCUGAGCAGGUUGUGUGAACAGGACAAGGUUGUGAGGAUACGCGAGGACAAGCUCCAGCAGCUACACAGAGAGAAGCACACCCUGGAGACGGCCCUGCUGUCGGCCAGUCAGGAGAUAGAGAUGAGUGCUGAUAACCCAGCAGCCGUACACAGUGUUAUCCAGCAGAGAGACGUGCUGCAAAGUGGCCUGCUCAGCACCUGUAGAGAACUGUCACGCGUCAACACUGAGUUGGAGCGGUCGUGGAGGGAGUAUGAGAAGCUGGAGGGAGACGUCUCAUUGGCCAAGAACAACCUGCUGGAGCAGCUCGAGGUCCUGGGGAGCCCUCAGACGGAGCCCCCCAGCCAUCAGCAUGUCCACAUCCAGAAGGAGCUGUGGAGGAUCCAGGAUGUAAUGGAGGCCCUCAACAAGAACAAAGCCCAGAGACACACAGACACACAGGGAUACUACGGCUCCACACCCAUCUCCAACAAACACAAGAGUGAGGAGGAAGUGGAGGACCUCUCAGCUCCCCCAAGGCCGCCCUUACCCCAGGCCUACGAGCCCAACAGCCCUGCUGUACCCCCCCUCCCCUCUCGUGUUGCCUCCAGCGGGCGACCGGCACCCCCACCGCCACCACACCGGAGUCCAGAGGACAGGGACAGGAAGUCCGGCCAGAGGAACGGAACACACAGCGGUCCUGACUACAGGCUGUAUAAGAGUGAACCAGAGUUGACCACCGUAGCAGAGGUGGAUGAAACCAACGGAGAGGACCGAUCAGAACAGUCUGACAGAGACCCAGCAAACACCAAAGGAAUGUCCUACCCUGUUGGCAUCGUUCCCCCCAGAACCAAAUCUCCCAACAUGCCAAAUUCUUCCAGCAUCACCUCCUACGUCACCCUGAGGAGGGGAGGGAGGCCAGACCCACGCAUGGAGCGACCCCAUAGUGCAGUGGAGCAGCUGUCUGGUGGGGCUGUGGAGAAGGACAGUGGCAGAUCCAGGAUGAGUGUAGAGGAGCAGCUGGAGAGGAUCAGGAGACACCAACAGGGGGCGCUAAGAGAGAAGAAGAAGGGGCUUCACAUCCUGGCAGGAAGUAGCUGCAACAGCCCGCAGGACUACACCACACACAGCCACAGUACCACAUCAACACCGUCACGUAGCCCUUCGUUCACCAAGGAGAACCCCUUCCGCAGCAUGCAGCAGAACCGUCGUCCGCGUGGCGAGGGGAUGAGCAGUGACAUCCUGGAGUUGGAGGCGUCACUCAGAGAACAGGAAGUGGUCAGAGAGCAGGAGACGCCGGCCGAGGAGAUAGCACGCCUUAAAGAGGCCACACACACUGACCACUACAACAUGGACAGACAGCUGUCAGUCCCUGAGAAGGUCUUGAUUCCAGAGCGUUAUGUGGAGUCAGAUCCAGAGGAGGCUCUCAGUCCAGUGCAGGAGGCUGACAAACAAAAGAAAGUGGACCGCAUCAAAGCCCUCAUCGCCAAAAACAGUAUGCAGAAUGUUCUCUCUCCUCCUGGUCCAGAGAAGGAGGCUGAGGAGGAGGCCACAGCUCAGGAUCAGGAGAAAAUGAUCAACAUAUCGUAUGAACUGGCUGCUGAGGCCUCCAAACGCAGCAAGCUGGUGGCAGUGCGCAACUUGUCAUCCUCCUCACCUCCUCCUGAGCCCCAACCCUCCUCAUCUCCACCUCCUAACACACAGCCACCCCCCCAGCUCACUGAUGGCUCCCACUUCAUCUGUGUCUAGUAGUAGCAGCACCCUGGCCUCAAUGAAGACCUACACGUGAGAAGACCUCUACCCUAGGACAUGACACAACCAGCACAAAACCCAACAAACUGGACUGACUGACAGACUGAUGGGCCCGUUAGACCACGCUGUUCAAUCUAUACCUUACUACAGUAUGACAUCACAUCCUCCUGUGCCAUGACGUCAAUUCAUGUUCCCUUUAACAUCACCACCACUUUCCCCUCUUCUCCCCCCUCACCUACUAUCCAUGGUAUCACCCUUCUCCCCCCUCACCUACUCUCCAUGGUAUCACCCUUCUCCCCCCUCACCUACUAUCCAUGGUAUCACCCUUCUCCCCCCUCACCUACUAUCCAUGGUAUCACCCUUCUCCCCCCUCACCUACUAUCCAUGGUAUCACCCUUCUCCCCCCUCACCUACUAUCCAUGGUAUCACCCUUCUCCCCCCUCACCUACUCUCCAUGGUAUCACCCUUCUCCCCCCUCACCUACUAUCCAUGGUAUCACCCUUCUCCCCCCUCACCUACUAUCCAUGGUAUCACCCUUCUCCCCCCUCACCUACUAUCCAUGGUAUCACCCUUCUCCCCCCUCACCUACUAUCCAUGGUAUCACCCUUCUCCCCCCUCACCUACUAUCCAUGAUAUCACCCUUCUCCCCCCUCACCUACUCUCCAUGGUAUCACCCUUCUCCCCCCUCACCUACUAUCCAUGGUAUCACCCUUCUCCCCCCUCACCUACUCUCCAUGGUAUCACCCUUCUCACCCCUCACCUACUCUCCAUGAUAUCACCCUUCUCCCCCCUCACCUACUAUCCAUGGUAUCACCCUUCUCCCCCCUCACCUACUAUCCAUGGUAUCACCCUUCUCCCCCCUCACCUACUAUCCAUGGUAUCACCCUUCUCCCCCCUCACCUACUCUCCAUGGUAUCACCCUUCUCCCCCCUCACCUACUCUCCAUGGUAUCACCCUUCUCCCCCCUCACCUACUAUCCAUGAUAUCACCCUUCUCACCCCUCACCUACUCUCCAUGAUAUCACCCUUCUCCCCCCUCACCUACUAUCCAUGGUAUCACCCUUCUCCCCCCUCACCUACUAUCCAUGGUAUCACCCUUCUCCCCCCUCACCUACUAUCCAUGGUAUCACCCUUCUCCCCCCUCACCUACUCUCCAUGGUAUCACCCUUCUCCCCCCUCACCUACUAUCCAUGAUAUCACCCUUCUCCCCCCUCACCUACUCUCCAUGGUAUCACCCUUCUCACCCCUCACCUACUAUCCAUGAUAUCACCCUUCUCCCCCCUCACCUACUAUCCGUGGUAUCACCCUUCUCCCCCCUCACCUACUAUCCGUGGUAUCACCCUUCUCCCCCCUCACCUACUAUCCAUGGUAUCACCCUUCUCCCCCCUCACCUACUAUCCGUGGUAUCACCCUUCUCCCCCCUCACCUACUAUCCAUGGUAUCACCCUUCUCCCCCCUCACCUACUAUCCAUGGUAUCACCCUUCUCCCCCCUCACCUACUAUCCAUGAUAUCACCCUUCUCCCCCCUCACCUACUCUCCAUGGUAUCACCCUUCUCCCCCCUCACCUACUAUCCAUGGUAUCACCCUUCUCCCCCCUCACCUACUCUCCAUGGUAUCACCCUUCUCCCCCCUCACCUACUCUCCAUGGUAUCACCCUUCUCCCCCCUCACCUACUAUCCAUGGUAUCACCCUUCUCACCCCUCACCUACUCUCCAUGUAAUCACAUUUGAUCUUUGCAACAAUGAGACAAUAGUAAGGCAUCGAUACUGUUGCUUUUAGAAUAUAAUUAGUUCCAUUGCCGUUAUUUCUCUAGUUUGUAGUUGGAGUUGAUUGUGAUUGAAUAUUGUCUGAUGGUUAGGGUGUGUUCAGAGCAUAAGGCCUGUAUCCUGCUGUGGUGACUCCUUCCUUCCCUUGGGGGGAAAAGACUGGCACGUGUACCUUUACACACAGACACAGUGAUGACAGUAACGUUUUCACCGUUCAACAGUUCCACUGUUCAGCUUGGUUUUAUAACUAUUUUUAGUUCAUUUAAGUUUUUGGAAGAAAAAAAUAUAUUUUUUAGUUCACAACACUGCAUAUUUUAGUAAUUCAAAUCCAGUGUACAAAACCAUUUCUGUUUUAUAUGUCUAAAUAUACAAGAGACAAAUAUAGUUGAUUUAUAGAUUUGAAGAACGUGCCACUUUAUUGUUGCAGAGGAGGAUGGAUGAGAUUUGUAAUCUUUUUUCUGGUUGGUUGUAAUUAUAUUUAUACGUCGGAUCUUCUGCAGUUCCCCUUCUGCACCCGAAUGUCAUCGUAUUCCCUAUGUAGUGCACUACUUUGUAUCAGGGCCUAUAGGACUCUGGUCAAAAGGAGUGCACUACUUUGUAUCAGGGCCUAUAGGACUCUGGUCAAAAGGAGUGCACUACUUUGUAUCAAGGCCUAUAGGACUCUGGUCAAAAGGAGUGCACUACUUUGUAUCAGGGCCUAUAGGACUCUGGUCAAAAGGAGUGCACUACUUUGUAUCAGGGCCUAUAGGACUCUGGUCAAAAGGAGUGCACUACUUUGUAUCAGGGCCUAUAGGACUCUGGUCAAAAGGAGUGCACUACUUUGUAUCAGGGCCUACAGGACUCUGGUCAAAAGGAGUGCACUACUUUGUAUCAGGGCCUAUAGGACUCUGGUCAAAAGGAGUGCACUACUUUGUAUCAGGGCCUAUAGAACUCUGGUCAAAAGGAGUGCACUACUUUGUAUCAGGGCCUAUAGAACUCUGGUCAAAAGGAGUGCACUACGUAGUGAGGAACAGGGUGACGUUCCGGACGCAAACCCUGUCGCACUGUUGUUGCCGACACGUGAAUGUUUUGGCUUAAAAAAAAAAAGAGAUGCUUCGUUUUAGUUUUUCUAUUGCUGAGAAGAGAAGAGAUAUAUUUAAAAAUGUUUUCAGACCGAGGUUUGGUUUUUAGAAGUCUAUUUUACGACUAGUUGGUUUUGAGGUGUCCUGGGAACAGAAAGACAAAGGGAUAGGAUAGCACAUGUAAAGAGCAAUAAGCAGAUGGUUUUGUUUAAGGCUGUCUCCCAAAUGGCACCCUGCUUCCUAUCAAGUGCCCUACUUUUGACCACAUCCCCUAUGGGCCAUGGCACCCUAUUCCCUAAAUAGCCCUUUGGUCCCUGGUUAAAAGUAGUACACUAUAUUGGGGAAAUGGUGUCAUUAGGGACACAAAAUAGUUUUAGUGUACAAACUGUAAUUACCAAAAUUAAGUUCUUUGUGUAUAUAGUGUACGGUACGCAUUGUGUGUUUAUCGGGGGUUGGAACCGGUUCAGGGAACAGAACAGAAAACUGGAAAAGAACAACAUUUUUCGAGGGAACGAGUACCGAGAACGAAAGUGAUCUAUUCUGUUCCGGAACAGAACCAUUAUUUUAAAAGCAUGGGAACCGGUUAAUAAAAUCAUUUUAUGUUCAGGGCAUUUUUUUUCCAUUCCCACAAAAAAAAAGCGCAACAAAGCACCUACUGUAUGCAAAGCCCUCACCUGUCACUCAGAAACGUAUUCCAGUGUCUGUCUUCCUGCCAACUGAAAAUCUUUGCCGGUGUGUAGGCUAUCUGCCCUUCCCCCUCCCUCCAAAGCAUAAUCUUAAUCUUUUUCUUUUUUUUUACAAUUUUAUCGAUUUUACAGAGUUACAGUUCACAUAAGGAAAUCAGUCAAUUUAAAUACCUAAAUCUGGAUUUCACAUGACUGGGAAUAAAGAUUUUUUUUUUUUUCUCCCUAGCACAAGGUGCACCUGUGUAAUGAUCAUGCUGUUUAAUCAGCUUCUUGAUAUGCCACACCUGUCAGGUGAAUGGAUUAUCUUGGCAACGGAUAAAUGCUCACUAACAGGGAUGUAAACCAAUUUGUGCACAAAAUAUGAGAGAAAUAUGUUUUUUUGUGAGUAUGGACAUUUUCUGUGAUCUUUUAUUUCAGUUCAUGAAACAUGGGACCAACACUUUACAUGUUGCGUUUAUAUUUUUGUUCAGUGUACAUUCUGUAGCAGGCCUGCUCCAUAGCAAGCUCCUCUAUCCAUUGGUGAAGUAAUUUAAUGUUGAGCUCAAUGGAGAAAAAAAAUACAUUUUGAUUUCAGAGGUUUAAAAAGGAACGAUAUAAAACAUAACUUUUUGGGGUUCGAACCGGUUGAGAACUUUAUUUUGCUGGUCGGAACAGUGGAAAGGAACGAGAAAAGAUAGUGGUUCUGUUCAGAACGAUUGGAAAAUAAUUUAGGUUCCAACCCUCUGGUAUAAACUGUACCGCGGUACAUUGUGUAUUAGUGCUGGGCGAUUAGUGCUUUUUGAGGUUGGUUCAGUUAGAUUAUAUGGGGGGACAAAUCCGUUUUGGAUUUCACUUUCGAUUAAUUUUUUUAGACAUCAAAAUGCACUAUGCAUUAUUAUGUGGAUGGAAUCCUGUAACAACACAGAAUAUAACAAAUGAAUAAAAGUCCCAUGAUGUUAGUGACUGCCCAUUACUGCUCAUCACUUAUUAACCAUCAUUUAUUCACAUUACUUUAAUAAAAUAUUUAAAUUGUUGUGUUUAUUACAUUAGUUUUAUUUGAAGACUUUAUUAUUUCACUCCAAGUCGUCAUCUCUAUAGAGCUGCUGUUGCCUGUUGUCUGACAACAUCACCAUUUUUGUAGUUCUUAAAAGUAAAUAAGGCAUACUUAAUCAAAUAAAAUAAAAAGUAGAAUAGUUUUCCUGUUUCAGGACCUCCUAUGCUCUUGCGUGGGCACCAAAGCAUGUUAUGGGUCUAAUCAUAUAACUACAUAUAGAAUCCCUUUUAAUACAAUAGCAUCUCUGUGGGCCUAGUCGUAAAGACUUUUAAAAUGUAUUACCUUUUUACUGUGGCAUAAACACAACCAGUCAUGAUAGUUUUUUAAAAAUUGGAUUUGUCUAACAGUCACUUCAAAGGACUACAUUACUAGGCUACUUGUGUAAGUUCAUCCACUCGCAACAUAUUUCCACCCCCCCCCCCCCCCAAACAGGUGAAUGGAAAGAGACUUCUGUUACACAAAACACCAAAAAGUCUAAUGACAUUUGCCGACUGUAAUUAGGCCAAGAAUUUAUGCGGCCACUGCUGUCCGCUCGCUUCUCUGUGUCGGCCACGCAUCUCUGCCUUGGCAAAAUUCCUGUGUUCUUGUCAAACCGCAUUGCAUUUUGGAGUGUAAGUUAUACUACCCGUUUUCAAGUCUCAUUUACACAUUUUUUCAUGCCUCUGAUGUAAUGAUAAAUAGUGGUGUGAUAGCGUUUUAAUUAUCGUGAUAGGCUCAUGUUUUACCCGGUACUGCAUACCCACACUAUUUGUUUUGCUGGGACGUCGUACCCUUACUUUCACCCCUGCUUUUAUGACUACUGAAUAAACGACUAUCAAUCACUUAGAUUAUUUAUUUUCAGGUAAAGAUACGUCGCAAAGCAACUGUUUUCUAAUCCCUCUCUGUGUCUGCUCCACACAGACUGGACAAGUAGGCGGGCGCGCAAUGGAUUAUGGUCAUUGUAGUUAAUUACCACGUUUUCUGCACUAAACUAUAGAAUAUUGGCCUGUUGGAAACUACAACUCCCUACUACAGUACAUCGCACAGGUCGGACAUUAACUGAUUUAUCUCUAGAGAAACUGCAUAGAGCUCACAGGGGGGGGGGGGGGAGAAUGAAGAUUUAAAAAUGGAAUUCAAAUAAUUGAACCGACGUCAGUCAAUUAGUAAAAAAAUAUAUAUUUAAAAAAAAAAAAAAAACGUACAUUUUGGUUAAUCGCUCAGCACUUGUGUAUAUACUGUACCACAGUACUGUAGUACGCAGUACAGAGAGAAGAGGGUUGGACUGUGUAGGAUAAUACAUCCAUAACAGGCUACUACUACAUUAUAUUUAGAGUUGAUGAUAUUACAAUAUUUAUAUCCCAUUUGUUUUAUAUGCUGUUAAAUAAAUGUCAUUGUUCUUACA